GCUAACUUUAACUGAACAUCCCAGCAAAGCUCGGAGCUUGAGCCGCCAAGACGUCCGUAGGAGGAAGGCAGCUAUUUUAAAACGAAUCAGCUUGAUUGAUAUUUUCCUCGUUUACAUUGCACGCUGCCAUGAAAGCAACUACGUUAUCCUUGCUUUUCUUGCUGCUUUCCGCGUCGGUGCUCUCGGCAGCCGAAGCGGCCAGGGGCCGGGCCAGCAGCAGCCAGAACAGCUUCCGACGGGCGGCUAACGGCGUCUACCAGACCCUGAGUAGCGUGUUCGGGGAGGACAACAUCCGAGGCCUGUACAAGUUUUUCUCCAAAGCAACAGAGCGCUUUGUUCAUGGAGUGGACUCCUUCCUUGACACCGUCUGGAAGAUUUGGUCUGAUCUCCUGGAUGUGAUGGGCAUCGACUCGUCCAACCUCAGCCACUACUUCAGCCCAGCAUCCCUCAGCAGCUCGCCGGCCCGUGCCCUCCUACUGGUGGCCGGCGUCCUGGCGGCCUUCUGGUCCCUCUCAAUGUUCCUGGGCGGCGUCUUCUACCUGCUGCACGCCAUCUUCGGCCGCUUUUUCUGGCUGGCGCGCGUGGCUCUCCUGGCCCUGUCCUGCCUCUACGUCCUGCAGAAGUUCGAGGGCGACCCCGAGCGGGCCGUGCUGCCGCUGUGCGUCAUCAUGGCGCUCUACUUCAUGACAGGGCCCGUGGGCGUGUACUGGCGGCGCGGCGGCGGCGGCUCGCUGGAGGAGAAGAUCGACCACCUGGACACGCAGAUCAGGCUGCUCAACAUCAGGCUGAGUCGGGUCAUAGACGGCCUGGAGCGAGUGGAGUAGAAGCACUGGAAACAACCGUCUGCAACACCUCUCGGUAGUUACGUCAUCUUUUCUUAUUUUUUAACAUGCUUGAAUGAAAUGUGAAGAAAUCAUCAAAACAACUUUUUGAUGCCUCCAGCAUUUCAAAAUGUGGAAAGAGAAGCUCACAUGUUGGGCUUUGAAGCUGCCUCGUUUGUGUUUGAAUCUGUUAUUCCACAACUUUGAAGCUGGUGAGAUGUACUACAGUGUGUACAAUACUGGGCCAAUCAGUACAUUGAUUGUUGUUGGUGAUACUACUGUUUUAUUUCUUGUUAUCAUUCCUGUAUCGUGUUAGUAAUAGUGCUAGGAGUAGUAGUAUUAGUCCCCAAUAGUAUUUGACCCGAGGACCUCCGGUUUUGCUACACCUGUACCUAUGUGGACUAAAGUAUUGGGACACACAAAAAGGAAGUUGGAGGAAAAUGUGGACUUCAGACCACCCCUUUGCAGCUUCUUGGAACACAAAAUUGGAGUGUGUAGGAGAAGGUGUCCCUUCGUAAUGAAUGAAUGAAUGAAUGAUUUAGAGCAGUGUUCCUCAACUGGUUUGGUUGUGGGACCCACCAUCACCCCUCUGACCCAAAAUGCGAACGUUUUUCAACCAUCCCUCCGUCCGUCUUCCAUGCCAUUUACUCUCACUAGGGUCACAGGUAUGCUGGAGUCUAUCCCAGCUGACUUUGGGGCACACCCUGGACUGGUCUCCAGCCAAUGGCAGGGCACAUAUAGACCAAGAACCAUUCACACUCACAUUCAUACCUAUGGACAAUUUAGAGUCACCAAUUCACCUAACAUGCAUGUUUUUGGAAUGUGGGAGGAACCUGGAGAAAACCCACGCACACACGGGGAGACCAUUCAAACUCCACACUGAGAUCCCCAACAGAGAUUCAAACCCAGAUCUUCACCGGCCCGUUUUUCAACUCACACUUCCCAAAUGUCAUAUUUAAAAGGGGACUGUUCACAACACAACAUGGGCCGCAGCCGUGAGACACUUGUCUCUCUCUAUGGCGCUGUCUUCUCCAGUAGAUAUCUGCAGCUGGGUGUCAGACGGACGGCGCAGCAAGUCGCCACUCCAUGCCCUUCCCCUCCCGCUCAAACCAUAAACAUGGCACGCACCUCAUGGCGGCGUAGCAAGCGAAUAGCACAGACAAGAAUGCAAGGUGCACGCACAGACAUUGGGUCAUGACAAACCUGCGACCCACCAGUUGAGAAUCAGUCAUUCGGAGGGUGUGACACUUGAGUACUUCAGUCCGUAUAGUGUACAGUGUAUGUACUGACUGCAUCACCUUUUUUAUCUCAGCAUUGUAUUAGACGACAGAAGACGUGUAUACACACAGUAAGUAUCUCAGGGACCUAAUCGGACAACGCAUUUUAAAUUCCCAUCAGUGUCCUCUUUGAUGUUUUUAGCUAAUACAACGUACUUCCUUUAAAGUUGCUUUUAAUGCGUGAUGCACUGUAAAAUCCAAUAGCACUCUCAACUCCGAUAAGUAGAACAAACUUGUUUAAAAAAAAAAAAAAAAAAUCAUCUCACUUGAGUGUAGCAAGUAAAACGGAAACAUCUAAUGUGGUCAACUACAACUAUUAAGUUCCAUUUACUUGCAUGUUUGUUUGUUUUAAGUAAGGUUAACAUGGAAUUUACAGUGUAGAGAGAGCAACAUUUUGUAAUUUUCAGUGGCUUUUUUUCUGUAUUUCUGUCCGUUUUUCACUAACAUUCACUUUGAGACAUUCUGGACUCUUCGGGCACCGUUUUGUACAUAUCAGCCAAAUGUUGAGGAAUAAGAACACCACUAAUCCAAAGAAGCAACUAAUAUUUACACACUGAUGUGUUCAUUCGUUUUAUUGGAUUCAAGUCUAGUUGUACUAAAUAACAUAGUUUUAAUGAGCUAAAGUCCCCAUAGUUCCAGUAAUUCAUCAUUACAAAGAGGGUGGGGGUCAUGCAUUUUGAGUCUGCAGUUUAUUGCACUAAUUACUGAACUGUAGGCAAGUCAGUACACUGAGCCUCUUUGGCUGAUAUGAAGGAAGAACUGUGUAAAAAUGAUCUUUAUGGGAAAGAAGGCAGGCUUCUUCCUGGUGUUGAAGCUCUUAUUUCUGUUGCAAGUGCAUGUUUUAGUACUCUUUAACAGCAGCAUGUGUUUUUUUAUAUUCAGUAUAUAUGAAGGUGAAUUUAUAGGUGCAAGAAGGUUUUUAAACCCGGUUUGUGGAGGCACGCAUUAUCAAGUAGUUACGCGGUGAAAAGUCCACGUUUACAAAGGUCAUAUGCAUUUUGUAAAGGGGUCUUUUUUUUUUUUUUAAGUGUUGAACGGCGAUGGGAAACUAAGCAGCACUGCAUAGAUAAGAUAGCAACUUGCUGGCAAAUCUUUAUUAUUUAUUCUUCAGAAAUCCUUAUCCUGAUUUCAUAGCUAGCCUUUGUUCCUGUUUAAUGUGCCAACUUGAAUCAAUGUAUUUUUUAAGUUAUUCUGUCAAUUAAAAAUGCAAAACCUGUUUUCCAAAUUGUUUACUUAGGAUAGGCUAUGUGGAAAGUUGAAAAACUGUGAUUUGUGUGUGUGUGUGUGUGUGUGUGUUUAUAUGCAAACAUGUUGGUAGCCAGUCAGAGCUUCUGUUUUGUGUGUCCAACCGAGAAUGACUUCUGUUUAAAUGAAUUAAAUGACCCAAGGAGGA